AUGGCCGAUAUUGAAAAGAUCGGCCUACCGAGAGUAAUCACCACUGAUAUAACAACACCGUUGCGACGCGAGCGAGACGUCUGUUUCCCGUUGCCGUACCCUCUCUUCACCUUUCUCCACCCCGCUCUUUCACUCCUCCUUUGCGUCGGGAACGCCAUGUCUCUCAAAGCCGAACUCGAAACCUGGGCCGCAGCCCUCGAGGCUUACGACAAAGAAGACUUUGAGAAGUCUCUCGAUCUCUUCUCUCGCAUCGCCGACUCGUCCAAAAUUCUUACUAAUAUGGGGCUCAUUUACGCGACCUUGGGAGAACACGAAGCAGCCGUAGAGCGGUUCAUUGAGGCGACACAGCUUGACAGCUAUCUGGCCGUUGCCUAUUUCCAGUGCGGCGUAUCCAACUUCCUCCUAGCUCGAUAUGAGCUGGCGUACAAGGACUUUGAGGAGGCGCUGUUAUAUCUCAGAGGCAACCAGGCAAUCAACUAUGAGCAGCUGGGCCUCAAGUUCCGGCUCUUCUCUGCUGAGGUCCUGUUUAACCAGGGCCUCGCACUAAUUUACAUGGGUCGUCUCGACGAAGGGUUGACCGACAUGGAGGAGGCCCGACGAGUCAAGGCAACUGACGAGCAUAACGUUAUCGAUGAUGCGAUUGCUGACCGCGGUGAGGGCUAUACGGUAUUCAGCAUUCCCGUCGGGGUUCUAUAUCGGCCGUCCGAGAAGAAACUUGUCAAUGCCAAGACCAAAGACUACAUGGGCAAAGCGAAACUCAUUGCCGCAAGCGAUGCUCGGGACAUGACUGUUGGUUUCAGUGGCAGCGACCGUUUGAAUCAGGGAAUCACACCAUCUGGUGUCUACGCCGAUAAUGAAGCAGGUGCGCUGGCACGCAGCAACACUCGCUUGCCCACCCGUGCGAAUGAUGAUGGUCCCCCGGCUCCUCUUGCUCGCGCGAAGACAACAUUAAGCGUCCCGAGCAAUGCACGUGAGGUCACUUCUCCCGGAGGCUCUGAUCCACCAGCAAGAUCUCCUUCGUCGGCUACCGGUGGAGGACUGGGUGGUCCAGCGAGAAGCAAUACUGUUCUCAACAGACCUACUGGUGGUGGAAUGGGCGGACCUGUUCGUGGACUUAGCGUCAAGCGUGGUGGAUCUCCUCCCGGUGGUGCUAACAAACCUCUUCCCCCUGCCAACAACAACCGUGAUCCACCUCCUGGCAAAGGCCAGGCAGCCAGCCGUCUCACGGAAAUAUAUGACGAUUAUCUCGAUGCCUACACCGACGAACCACCACCCCCUCUCCCCAACCAAGCCCCUCAGGAAGGCCGUGUUGCGGCAUGGGCUCGGACUAAUGCAAACCCACCGCCUUCCGCUGGGCCACCCAGUGCAUUUGUCCAGCGAUCGGGAACUCGCAGUGCCCCAGGCAGCAGUUAUGCGCCAAGCUCUUAUGGUGGCGGGUCUGUCAGGCGUCGCGUGACCCGGCGUGCGACUUCCCGACGUGCGCAAAGCACCUAUGAAGAAGAAGAAGAGGGCUAUGCGAGCGGGGACGACUUUGACGGCCCCUAUGAGCUGAUAAAGAUCCGCGUUAAGCUGCAUUACGACGACGAUGUCCGUGGAAUGGCGCUGACGCCAGAAACGCCGUUUGAGGAGUUUAUGGACAAGGUGACGGCUAAGUUUGGCAAGGACAUCAAUGGCCUGUCGCUCAAGUUCAGGGAUGAGGACGGCGGCAAGGUGUCCCUCCGUGACGAGUCAGACUACGAGCUUGCCAUCGAGACUGCCCGAGAAAGCUCCAAGGGCAAACCCGAGGGAAAACUCGAGAUUUGGUGCAUGGACGCAUAA